AUGGCCGCCCCAGCUGAAUCCACUAUCCAGGACCUCAAUGGCACCUGGGUCAUUGACAAAACCCUUUCGAACGACCCCGACGCCAUCUUCAAGCUGCAAGGCCUGUCCUGGCUAACCCGCAAAGCCAUCGGCAUCGCCACCAUAACCCUCAAAGUAACUCAGUCCAAAAACCCCGACACAGGCGACGUGACUCUCGACGUCGCCCAGCUUCUCACAGGCGGCCUGAAGGGAACCUCCGAACACCGCGUCCUCAACUGGUCCGAAAAGCCGCACCAGGACCACAUCUUCGGCAGCGUCAUUGGGCAAAGCCGCUUCGUCAAGGCGGGCGAUGCGGACGCGGACGGCAAGCGACGACCUGCCGUCGAGGUGCAGACGGAAAUUAGCGGGGACGACGAUGGCACGCAGGGCGAGGCGGUGGCGAAGUUUCUGAGGGGCGAGAUUCUGGCGAAUGGCGAUGCGACGGACGGGUUUGUGGUUGAUGCCGCCAAUGACUAUUUUAUGCAGAGUUGGGUUAGGAGUCAGGAGAGUGGGUGGACGGGUGAACAGAUCUGGGGGUUCGAGAUGGUUGAUGGUGUCAGACGCCAUACACGCCGCAUCGUCGUUGCUAAAGACGGUCAGGUCGAGAAGGUCAGGCUGGUCUAUACCUUCGUUGACCGCAGCACCAAGUAG